AUGGGUUGGUUUUGGGCUGAUACUCCGAGUCCUGCGGUUAUUCCGCAUGCGCCCAGCGCAUCCCCUCCGGUUUGUCUCGGACAUCCCUCAGACCCGAUCAAGACUGACCCUUAUCUACAGCCGGGAUGCCCGAUGCACGAAGCAGGCGCGAAGCCUGCCCCAACAUUGGCUGCUGAGCCCCCUAGCAGCUGUCCCAUGAAAUCCAAAGACUCCCCAUUCUAUUCGGCCCCGCCAUCAACACCAGAGGCGCCGCAGCCACCCGUCGCGCAACCGCCAGUCACGCAACCUUCAACACUGUCGAAGCUGAAUCCUUUAAACUACAUGUUCUCUUCGAUCUCUCAAGAGCGCGCGGCCAACCAGACUGUUGAUCUUCCAGUUGAGCGCGAGCCCUCUUCUAUCCCAAGGGGCGACGGCGGAGGCAACUGGGAGUAUCCAUCCCCGCAACAGAUGUACAAUGCCAUGCUGCGCAAAGGGCACACCGACACCCCCCAGGAUGCAGUCGAGUCCAUGGUGGCAGUCCACAACUUCUUGAACGAGGGUGCCUGGGAUGAGAUUGUUUCCUGGGAGCGUGUGUUCAGCAAGGGCCUCAAGGCUGGAUGGCAACAUUGUCGACGCGGCGAGGAAAACCUAAGCAACGAUCUGAUAUAUGCCGACGAGAACGGCAAAUUCAACGAUGCCACCCCGCCUAGUCUGCUGCGUUUCCAGGGUCGCCCACAGGAAUGGUCGCCCAAGGCCUCAAUCUACCAGGCUCUGAGCUGGGCGUAUCCGACCAAGUUUGGGACGAGCCCUCCGUUCGAUCGUCAUGACUGGUACGUUGUUCGCCAGACCCCCGAUGGUCCCAAGGAAAUUCGAUACGUGAUUGAUUACUACUCCGCGGACCCCGACCCUCACGGACUCCCGGUUUUCCACCUUGACAUCCGACCUGCUAUCGACACCCCCACGGCGGCGGCUGAGAGACUCAUGCGGUGGGGAGGUGAUGUUUGGUGGAGAGCUAGCGGCGCCAGUGCCCGCGAGCAAGCCUCUCAGGCUUAA